AUGAACAUGAUCGGACAGAAAGACAAACCAGGGCAUGAAGAGGCAGAGCUGACCCUGGAUAUCCUCAGGAGGGGGCUGUGGGGGCUGAGGGGGCUGAGGGGGCUGUGGGGGCUGAGGGGGCUGUGGGGGCUGAGGGGGCUGUGGGGGCUGAGGGGGCUGUGGGGGCUGUGGGGGCUGAGGGGGCUGUGGGGGCUGAGGGGGCUAUGGGGGCUGUGGGGGCUGAGGGGGCUGAGGGGGCUGAGGGGGCUGUGGGGGCUGAGGGGGCUGUGGGGGCUGAGGGGGCUGUGGGGGCUGUGGGGGCUGUGGGGGCUGUGGGGGCUGAGGGGGCUGAGGGGGCUGUUGGGGCUGAGGGGGCUGUGGGGGCUGAGGGGGCUGUGGGGGCUGAGGGGGCUGUGGGGGCUGAGGGGGCUGUUGGGGCUGUGGGGGCUGUGGGGGCUGUUGGGGCUGUGGGGGCUGUGGGGGCUGUGGGGGCUGUGGGGGCUGUGGGGGCAGUGGGGGCUGUGGGGGCAGUGGGGGCUGUGGGGGCAGUGGGGGCUGUGGGGGCUGUGGGGGCAGAGGGGGCUGUGGGGGCUGAGGGGGCUGUGGGGGCUGUGGAGGCUGUUGGGGCUGAGGGGGCUGUGGGGGCUGAGGGGGCUGUGGGGGCUGAGGGGGCUGAGGGGGCUGUGGGGGCUGUGGGGGCUGAGGGGGCUGUGGAGGCUGUUGGGGCUGAGGGGGCUGUGGGGGCUGUGGGGGCAGUGGGGGCUGUGGGGGCUGUGGGGGCUGUGGGGGCAGUGGGGGCUGUGGGGGCAGUGGGGGCUGUGGGGGCUGAGGGGGCUGUUGGGGCUGUUGGGGCUGUGGGGGCUGUUGGGGCUGUGGGGGCUGAGGGGGCUGUUGGGGCUGUGGGGGCCCCCUCAGCCCCCUACUGAACUCCAAAUGUAG